UAAUCUGUAAUAAGCAUGAAGUUGGUGUGAAGCGCUAAAAAGAAAACAAUAUAAUGAGAAAUUAUUAAUUUGUAUACAUUCCAGAAAAAAAGAUUUUAUCAAAACCGAUAUAUAUAUAUAUAUAUAUAUAUAUAAUUAUUUAUCAAUAAUUAUGAGUGAUAAACCUGGACUAUCAACAAUUGAAGCCAUAACAUGCAGACAACAAGUGGUGCGAGCCGUACGGUUCAAUAUUGACGGGGCGUACUGCCUGACUUGUGGUGCUGAUAAGAAAAUUAAAUUGUGGAAUCCCUAUAGCAAGUUGUCACUGAAAACUUAUGGUGGUCAUGCAAAUGAGGUUCUAGAUGCUGUUGGUUCAUGUGAUAGCAGCCAUAUCAUAUCAGGUAGUGCUGAUAAAUCAGUAAUUCUAUGGGAUGUGACGACAGGACAGCCAUUGAGACGAUACCGAGGCCAUGCCAGUUCAGUAACGUGUGUGAAAUACAAUGAAGAAUCCACAAUGGCUGUUUCCGGAUCUAUAGACAACACAGUUUGUUUUUGGGAUGUUGUAAGUCGAAGGCAAGAGCCCGUACAGACUUUGAAAGAUGCUAAAGACACUAUUACCUCUAUACAGGUUACUGAUCAUGAAGUUUUGACUUCUUCAGUUGAUUGUCACACCCGUUUAUACGAUUUGAGGGUAGGAAAAAUGUUUUCAGACUACAUCGGCCAUGUUGUUACAUAUGCUAGUUUAACUCAUGACGGUCAGUGUUAUAUACUAAGUUGUGCGGAUAGUACAGUUAAAUUAUUUGAUAAAGAUUCUGGGGAGUUACUAAAUACUUUUUCUGGUCAUGAAAGUAAAGAUUAUUUGUUAGAAAAUGCAGUUAAUGAAACGGAUAGUCACAUUAUUUCUGGAUCAGCAUCUGGAGAAGUAUUUUAUUGGGACUUAGUUUCCAGUACUUGUACACAGAAAUUAGUGCACAGUAAGAAUAAGCCUGUUGUUUCAUUAAGUCAUCAUCCAACUGAGAAUUAUUUACUAACUGCUUGUGAAGAUGAAAUCAAACUUUGGGGUGUUCCGAAGAUGGAAGAAUAAAUAAAUGAUUUUUUUAUAC